AUGAUGAUGAGGAAGAGGAAGAGGAAGAGGAAGAGGAAGAGGAAGAGCAAGAGGAAGGGGAAGAUGGUGAUGGUGAUGGUUGCUAGUUUUAACGCCAUUAAGUUCUCUCGGCUCAUAGAGUUUCUCUUUUGGCCAGCUGGUUCAGUAGAUUGGUUGGAACCACUUCUAUCUUUGCUUCAAAAUUCUCGUAAAUUGAAAUCUCUUACGAUCCAGAAUUUCAACCGGUGCCUCCAAACUUCCUGGAACGAGCCGAGUUCUAUUCCCGGAUGCUUGUUGUCUCAUCUAGAGAUCUUUGUGUGGAUCGACUAUGAAGGAAGAGAAGAUGAGAAACUCCUAUUGACAUAUAUUCUCGCUAACUCAUUAUGCUUAAAGACAGUGGAGAUCUUCUUCAUAUCAACUUGCAAUCUCGAAGAGAGACAAAAGGAGAUAGAUUUAACAUCAGCUCGGCUUCUAUUUCCCACUGAAUUGGUAUGGAAGUUUAACGGAAGAACUUUUCCUUCCGACGAUUGCUAA